AUGAAUACAAAACUCAUAAUGCUCACAAAAAGAAAUUUGAUGUAGAUAGUUAAUCUUAAAUUUAAUAUAGCCUUGCUGAAGAUUUUAAUAUCAAAAAAAAGAAACUAACCUUAAUCCUCAACUAAUGUCAAAUUCAAGAUUAAGAAUUUAUUAUCAACAUUAUGCAAUAAAAACUUUAUCACCUAUCAAUAAAACUAAAUCAUUAAAAACAUUAAAAUUUUUUAAAUAACAUAUUAUAAUAAGUUAGAUCAAAAAAACUAUCUUUAGAAAUUUAAAAUAUUGAUUAUCAUCUCUAGCCUUGCUCAAUACCUAGUUUAAGCUGUUUCAAGAUAAAUUUGUAAGGGUUUAAUUGUUCUUCAAAUAAUUUUGAAUUCUAAGAAAGUUUAUUUUUCUUUUACUGCUGCAAUUAAUAAACAAUCUAAACUUUAAAGAUAAAAGCAAGAAAAUGCUCAAUUAACCACUUUUUUAGCCUAUUAGAGGGUGAAAUUUUAUCAGAAAAAUCCUCUGCCCUACAUAAAAUUUCUUUGGAUUUAAUUUUUUUUGGCUAAUAUCAAAAUGAUAUAAGCCUGA